UUCUCAUUCAGUUUGGCAAAAUGGCGUCGGCAGCCGUGGCCACUGAGAUUAAGAAAAUCACAGAAUUACGGGUCAUAGACCUUAAAACCGAGUUAAAGCGGAGGAAUUUGGACAUCACGGGAGUAAAGAACGUCUUAAUUGCAAGGCUGAAGCAGGCUAUUGAAGAGGAAGGUGGCGAUUCCGAUAAUAUCGAAAUUCCACUGAACGCAGAUACCCCCACAAGGAAGAAUGCGAAGUCAAAAGGAAGAAAACUGGAUGCAGACAUGGACGCAAACCUGGAAGAAGAUUCUUAUUGCAAGGAGGUUGAAGAUGAAGACAACGAAAAAGAUGUAACAGAUACUGAUGAUGGUACUCGUGAAAAUUCAAAACUUCUCCCUUCUGAAGAUAGCCUUGCAGAGGCUGAACAAGCAGCGGGGAAUGAAAGCGAAGCCGCUGUAUCCAUUCAAGAAGCUGAGGAUGAUAACAUAUCCGUCACAAUCCAGGCUGAAGAUGCCAUCACUUUGGAUGUUGAUGGCGAUGACCUCCUGGAUACAGGUAAAAAUGUGAAACUUCCAGAUUCAGAGGCAAGCAAGGGCUGUGACGAGCUGGACGCCUCUGCCGAGAUGAGCCAGGAGGAAGACAAGAAAGAUGAAGUCAAAGAGAGCCAUAAAGAUGGUAAGAAAGACGACGGAUUGAAGGCUGACCCUGCGAAGAAGGAAAGCAGAGAGGCCUCGAAGAAAGCAGAAUUGGGAGACAAAGAAAAGGAUUCUGGGAAGAAAGGCCCCUCAUCUACUGGGGCAUCAGGUCAAGCAAAGAGCUCUUCAAAAGACAAAGAUGGAAAGAUGACAAAGGAUGAAAAAGGCGGUGCAGGCGGCGGAGGAGGCAGCGGUGGGAGCACUGGCAGCUCGACCCGCAACUUGUGGGUGAGCGGCUUGUCGUCCAACACGAAAGCAGCAGACCUGAAGAACCUGUUUGGGAAAUACGGAAAGGUCUUCAGUGCUAAAGUGGUGACUGAUGCGCGCAGUCCUGGAUCUAAAUGCUAUGGGUUAGUCACAAUGUCGUCUAGUGCAGAAGUGGCCCGAUGUAUUUCACACCUUGACCGUACAGAGCUCCACGGACAGCAGAUUUCUGUUGACAGGGUUAAAAGCGAUCCGUUCAAAAAAGAAUUUUCCAAAAAGGAUGGUGAAGAAAAAACAAGUUCCAGCAAAACGUCAGGAGAAAAGAGGACUGCCACUGGGGUUAAGACCCUGAGCAAAACACCUGUAUCUUCCAAGAAGGAAGAGAAAAAAUCUGAGAAACCCUCUGACAAGGAGAGCAAAGAAACGUCAAAGAAGCAGGAAUCUAAAAGUGCGAAGACGGAGGCGGCGGGAUCUGGUACGGACGCUUCGAAAAAGGAGGACAAAAAACACGGACGCCCCAAGAGUCCUGGCAAGAUGGUAGUGAUUGAUCAAACAAAAGCGGACCCUGAUUUCAAUAAAUUGAGGCCACCAUUGAGAAGAGGGAGGUUUGAAAAGGUCUUCCCACCUAUGACGCGACGCCCCAGAUGGUUUAUUCCUCCUGAAGAGAUGGAGAUGUUAAGGAGCAAAAGGAGGAUCUUGCCAAACAUAGGAGGGAAGAAGGACAUUUUGCCCUUCGAGAAGAUGAAGGAGCAGAGAAUGCGGGAGAGGCUGGUUCGACUGGAGCGCAUUCGCCGGGCUAUUGAAUUGAGAAGGCGGCGGGAAAUAGCAGAGAGAGAGCGGAGGGAGCGGAUCCGGAUUCUCCGAGAGCGGGAGGAGCAGGAGCACCUGCAGAGGGAGCGGGAGCGGCUGGAGAUCGAGAGGCAGAAGCUGGAGCGGGAGAGGAUGGAGAGGGAGAGGCUGGAGCGGGAGAGGAUCCGCAUCGAACAGGAGCGCCGUAAGGAAGCUGAGCGUAUCGCUCGCGAGCGUGAGGAACUGCGACGCCAACAAGAACAGCUGCGCUACGAGCAAGAGAAACGCAAUUCCUUGAAAAGAACCAGGGAUGUAGAUCACAGGAGAGAUGAUCCAUACUGGAAUGGCAAUAAAAAGAUUCAGACAGACUCGGAAAGCCGGUUAAGUCACGGCUCUGAUUAUCGUCACCCGGGCCGCUUUAAUGACUUUCACCCCAGAGAAAGGGGCAGGUUUCCUGAAGGGGCCUCCAUGCGUCCUCCAUCCUUUGAAAGGCGCAAUAGAUUUGAGAGCGACGUAGAUGGAAAGAAAACCCGUCCACCUGCUCGAAGGGAAAGUUCAGGGUUUGACCGAUAUCCUAAAGCUUAUGAUAACUCAAGAAGGCCUGAACCACCGCGAGCUGAAAUCCGAGACACUGACCGGAGAGAAAUUAGGGAUAAGGAUGAGAGGAGAACAGUCACUAUUCCAGACAGGUCCGCAGGGAGCCGGGGCCUUCCUGAGAGGGGCAGGGUAGAAGACAUGUCUCAUGGUCGCUCCCCCCGCCACUCUGGACAUGGAGGCUGGAAGGCUGAAGCCGAACUAAGCGCUAAUAAGGGCAGCAUUAGGGGUGGAGUGCGGAUUCGGCCGGAGAGGUCGGGGAGGGAGGGCCCUGGACCAAGCCUGAGAGGAGUCCCCUCGUCCAGCUGUGGCAGGUCCAGCUUCAGCAGCAGAGAUGGGGGGCGAGCGAUGAUGAUGGGGGAGCAGCAUUUCAGUGAUGGAAGACAAGUGAUAGUUGAGCGCCACAGCCGCGAUCAAGGCCCAAGAAAAGACUGGCACGGGCCCAGUUCCCACAGCACUGGCUAUCCCGAUUCCCGGAGCUUGCGGGACAGCCGAGGAAGCAUGAUGUCACCGCACUCCAGCCAUUCUGCUCCACCGAUGAACCGAAUAGUACAGAUUACAAACAAUUCCUUAUCGGGAGGAAGUGGCGGAGGAUACAAGCCAUUUAAGGGAGCACCGAGAAGGUUCUGACUUCUCUGCUAGUGACUUCUACCACGAUAAUGUGAAGUCUGUAAACCUGUCAAGACACCUUUCUUUACAGAGAAGAUCCUUUUUUAUAUUAAGAGUUUUAAUUUUAUUUUUUUUGUUGAAUUUUUGAAUAGAUGUUUUAAUGGCUGGACUUUCCUAUGGCACAAAGGUUCGUGUAAAAAGGCCUCCUGUUUUGUAAAGACUAGUGUAAAGUUGUAGCCAUUACCUACAGUUACGCUGUGAUUAUAGUAUAAACUCAUGUCUGUGCACAUGUUAUAACAUGUUAAGAAAAAUGUGCAGCUUUAGUUUUUAUUUGUAAUGACUUUAAUAUUUGUUUUCAGACUGCUUUUUUUGCCAGCAGAGUACUCUUGUACUGUACAAUGGUUGUGAUUACUACUAUAGAAAUUCAUCCUUUUAAAAUAAACUAUAGUACAUUGUGCUCUUGCUUUACAGUUUGUUAUGGAUGGAAAAGGCAGCUGCUAUUAAAGGAUUUUUUUAUUCUUUUAGAAA